AAUAUCAAGGACGAUUGUAAUUCGACUUGAAAGUUUGUGCCCUUUGAAAAUGUUAAGUACAAUAUUUUUUCGAAAUUCUUCGAAAUAUUUUGUAAAAGGGAAUUUUGCAAGACAUUUACAACAUUUUCCCAGAUUACAUCAAGUUAGUGCUACUAUUAGGACUUUAAUAAGAGUUAAUAAAGUUUUCUUGAUAGAGCGCGAGACCGAAUUUUUCGGCAUCCAUCUCAAAAGCAGUUAAUAGCCUAAAAUCCAGUAGAUUUUCAUUGCAUAAUAGCUCCAAAUAUGGUUUUAUAUUAAAGAGAUUUGCUUCAAAUGGCCAAAAGGUACCCUUCGGCAGUUUCACAGAUAUUCCAGAUAAAGGUCGAAAAAUUGUUGGUUGGUGGCUGAUGGGAUUCUCUGGAAUGGUUGUUGGGGCGGUUGUCUUGGGAGGAAUCACUAGAUUAACCGAGUCAGGUCUGUCGAUGACAUCUUGGAAGUUGCUCGGACAAAAAUAUCCCUCAAAUGAAGAAGAAUGGAUAGCAGAAUUCGAAAGAUAUAAAUCUUAUCCUGAAUAUAAAUACUUAAAGAAAGAACAAGGUAUAACCUUGAGUGAGUUCAAGUUUAUAUACUUUAUGGAGUAUUCUCAUAGAAUGUGGGGUCGCUUGAUUGGAGUAGCAUUCGCUCUACCAGCUGCGUAUUUUCUAAAGAAGGGCUGGAUAACUAAACCUAUGAAGCCAAGAUUGGCAAUUUAUGGAUCUCUAAUUCUCUUCCAAGGUCUUCUAGGGUGGUACAUGGUUAAAAGCGGUUUGGAGGAGAAUAAAAGGAAUGAAGAUAUACCCAGAGUUAGUCAAUAUCGACUUGCAUCACAUUUAGGAUCUGCUUUAGCCCUCUUCAGCCUCACACUAUGGGGCGGUCUAACUCAUUUGCAACUUCCUCAAAAAUUUGCUCAAACAAAACAAAUUGCAAGAUUAAAGGGAGCUUCUCACCUUGUGAUGACCUUGGUUUUUGUAACGGCUUUGUCUGGUGCGUUUGUUGCCGGUUUGGAUGCCGGUUUGACCUACAAUAGUUGGCCUAAAAUGGCAGAUAGUUGGAUUCCAGAUGACAUUCUUGCAUAUUCACCAAAAAUCUCGAAUAUAUUUGAAAAUCCAACCACUGUUCAGUUCAAUCAUCGUCAUUUGGGAGAAUUAACCGGCGCCUCUACACUGAUCUUAUGGCUUUUUACAAGACGUUGUAACCUGCCAAGUAGGGCAAGAUUGGCUGCUAAUUGUUUAGCGGCAAUGGCAGUUGUUCAAGUGUCACUUGGAAUUACGACACUUCUUACUUAUGUUCCAACUUCUACUGCAGCUCUACACCAAAGUGGAUCGUUAGCACUUUUAUCCUUUGCCAUUUGGUUUAAUCACGCUUUACGGAAGGUACCAAAAUAGAACGUCUCAUUAAAAUAUCUUAUAAAAGGAUAAAUAUUUGUAAAUAAACAUCUUUUGUUCUGGAUACGUUAAAAAAAUUAGUAUGAAUAAUAUAGAGCGAAAAUAAAAGGAAUAAUGAUCUUAAAAGUUUGUCAGUUUUGUUUAUUUUAAGUUUUCCC